GCGGUUAAAAUGUUACAACUAAACAUUUUAAGUCAAGUUUUAACUUUUCAUCUCCUCGGCUGGUUUGGACACAUGAGCAGGUUAGCAGCAGGUGGUGGAACCAAAAACAUCUCAACUGUUUGCUGAAGGAACCUGGAAGACAGUUUGACCUCUGACCUCAUGAAGCAGUGCUGAUCAAGAGGUGGUUCUGAAGUUCUGGGUCCGCCGUCCGUCUGAGCCAGUCACCGAUAGAGGACAGACACUGGACGAGGACAGCCAGCCUGUCCAACUGCUGAGGUCUAAACAGAGACACAGUUGGACGUCCUCAGCAUAAAUGUGACAGGAGGACUGAUGGCAGCUAGAAAAGGAAACCAGUGGGCUCAGAACGCAGCCUGGAGGAACCCCGCCUAAAGGGGGCGGGGUUCCAGGGAGAGCGUCAGACACAGGAAGUGAUGUCAGGUGUGAGAGAAGCUGAGGCAGGGACAGGAAGUAGCUGAGCUGCGGUGACAGGAAGUGAACCGAGAUGGAGGCGAAGAUGUUGCCGCUGCUGCUGCUCGCCACUCUGGGUCCGGGUCCAGCAGCCGGCAGCCAUCAUGGCCGCCCCAUGCCAGGCUCUCCGUAUGACAUCAGCAAGAACUCUGCCGCCGUCCAGCAGGCCGUCCUCGGCGCCGCCCACUCCUUCAACAGCCAAUCAAAUGACGCCUUCCUGUUCAAACCAUCGGCCGUCCUCAGAGCGCAGCGACAGGUGGUCAGAGGGAUCCGGUACAUCGUGGACUUCCAGAUCUCCAGGACGGUUUGUCCCAAACGAAACCGGACUUCGGACCUGGACCGGUGCCGCCUCCAGCCUCCGGGCCGCCUGGCCCAGACCUUUCGGUGUCAUCUGGAGCUGUGGCUGAUCCCUUGGAAACCUGGGCGGGAAACCCUGGAGCUGCUGUGCAGAUCACACCAACAGGGCCCGGUUCUGAUCCAGACCGGUUCUGAUCAGGAUCCGGUUCUGUUUGUUUAAAUGAUGAGUGAAUAAAGAGUUGCAGCAGA